GCUUUCUGUCAGACGUUUGUUCAAUGGGUGCCUGUUAUCCCGCGAUUUCGUUUUAGUAGCUAUGGGCGAGAGAUCCUUGUAGUCUGUUUGGAAAGGGCCGAGUUGAGAGCGGAGUAUGUAUCUCCGCGGCGAAACAGGAAAGAUAUGAGAAGUUGGGCUAAGAAAGGGUAGAAGGAGCGGAGGGAAGGGUGUCACGUCGGGUAGGGCAGAUAGACGGAACGUAUGAGAAGUGGGCUGUUUUUUUUUCUUUCUGGGUUUUUUUUCUUCUCCUUACAAACUAGAAUGUGAGAAAGUGGUUCUAUGUUGAGAGACUCGGAAUCAGUCAGAUCCGAACGAGGAGUCCGCAUCUCACCCUUCCCCCACUCUUCCUUAUUCUCCUUCUUCUCCUCUUUGCUUAGUAGUAAAACCCAACCAGGCAGAGAUAGAACAAGAGAAGUCGGUGUAUACCUCACACCCACAUGUACAAGCCCAUCCCAUCAUCUCCACUGCAUAUAUACACUCCUCUAUCCAUACACCGCGGCAGCAAUAGCAGUAAAAGAAUCCAC